CGGAGCAGAGGAAGCUGGGAAAGGAUCAAGGAAACCUCUAGCAUCGUAGAUAAACACCGUAAAGAGGUGUGAAGCCAGCGGGCACACGGCUGUCACAGUACUAAAAGAACAGUAAAAGAGUCCGACUGAGUUCUCCAUACAGCGAGGGUCAACAUGUCUGAGACAUACGACUUCCUGUUUAAGUUCCUGGUGAUUGGCAGUGCUGGGACGGGGAAAUCCUGUCUCCUCCACCAGUUCAUUGAGAACAAGUUUAAACAGGACUCCAACCACACCAUCGGUGUGGAGUUUGGGUCUAGAGUGGUCAACGUUGGAGGAAAGACAGUCAAACUGCAGAUCUGGGAUACUGCUGGCCAGGAGCGAUUUCGGUCUGUUACACGCAGCUACUACAGAGGAGCAGCUGGAGCACUUCUUGUCUACGAUAUUACCAGUCGAGAGACAUACAAUGCUCUGACUAACUGGCUGACAGAUGCACGGACACUGGCGAGUCCCAACAUUGUUAUUAUCCUAUGUGGCAACAAGAAAGACUUGGAUGCAGACAGAGAGGUGACCUUCCUUGAAGCUUCACGCUUCGCUCAGGAGAAUGAGCUGAUGUUUCUAGAGACUAGUGCGCUAACAGGUGAAAAUGUCGAGGAGGGUUUUUUGAAGUGCGCUCGCACCAUUCUCAACAAGAUAGAUUCAGGCGAGUUGGACCCAGAGAGGAUGGGUUCAGGUAUUCAGUAUGGAGAUGCUUCGUUGAGGCAGCUGCGACAGCCCAGAGGCACCACAACACAGAAUAAGCAGCAGUGUAAUUGCUAGGGGUCGGGACCCACCCUAACCCCAGCCCACAGGCCCACACAGACAGAACUCCCCCU